UCGUGCAGAUAAAAUAUGAGGAACCUCUAGUCUAUUAUCAAACACUACUGAGUCACUACAUACAUCGUAGACAUUACGCACUUAGUGUCAUGUUAAUACAAUUAAUUUUAAUUAAUAAAAAUUAAAUUACAAUUUAACUGAUUAGUCUUUUGCAACAACUUAAUAUUCAUAUCAAGUUGACGUUAACUAUAAGUCAUAAAAAAUAUAAUUAAGUGCACGUGUACUCAAUAUUUGAUAUAUUUGUAUUUAUAAAGAUAUCUUGAGUGCAUGUGUACCGAUAAAAUAUAUCAAUGUAUAUUUACGGUGAAUUUAAAGAUUAGAGUAGAUUAAGAUAAAGAUCUAGAGGGCAAGGUGCAGGGUGAGGUCAGUGAAAAUUGUGUCCUCAUUUUGCGAUAAUGACGGAUUGAUGUUGGCAUUAUGAUUGAUGGAGCUGACCAAGACUGUGUUAUUUAAUUCUGUCUACUACUGACUCGUGGUGAAUAAAGUGCAUGAUCUAUUUAUUAUAGACUUGAUUUAGUUAAUACGAUAUACAUUAAGGUUUUUUUGCGCCACCCUAAUAUACAUAUAUUUAUUUAUAUAAAAAAAAAAAAGUAUUAAAAUGAAAGAAGUGAAAAAUGAUCGAGAUUCAAAAAUGAAGACUGAUAAAAAAAUUUUUGUCAAUGAUGAUAAAAAACAUAAAUAUUGUGAAAUGGCCACGGAAGAAAUUUUUAGUUCUAAAGAGAGACAAAGAUAUGAAAAAGUCAAUAAUUUAACAGAACUCAAUAAUAAAAUGUCUGAAUUUAAUGAGAAGAUUGAAAGUAUUUCAAAACAUCAUCUCCAAAAUGAUACAAAUAAUUUAUAUACCGAUGAUAAGAAGUCUAUAAAACGUAGCGUACUACGUAAAAAAAUUUUUGAAACACGCAAUUCAUUAUUCACUGACCUGUUUAAUGAAGUAAAACAUGUAAAAACAGUUUACAAUGUUUUUGCAGCACUAUUUAUUAUUACAUUUUUAAAUACUGCUGCGCAUGACAUUCUCUACAAUGGAUCACUCAGUCUUGGUUUCACGACAAUUAAAUUAGGAUUUGGUAAACUAACGUUUGUUAUACAAAUGUGGAUAUCAAUGAUAGCAUCAUCAUACAGCGUUUAUUAUGUAUACAGUUUCUAUGCUCAUCAACGAACUAAAUUAUCAGCAAAAUCAUUCAAAAUUAAAAUUUGGGAUUACACGUGGCUACUUCUAUUCAUCGGUUAUCAAUUAACAUUUUUAGCUGUACCGGCAUACGUAACCUUAAAAGCCGAGCUACCACCACCUUCUGGCUUUAUUGUUUUAAUGGAACAGGUGCGUUUAAUAAUGAAAAUUCAUGCAUUUAUUCGAAGUACUGUACCUUCAGUAAUUAAUAAUGAAUUACAUGGUAGCAGUAGAGGAAAUGUAAUUCCAAAAUUAUCGAAAUUUUCGUACUUUAUGUUUGCACCCACAUUAAUUUAUCAAGAUAGUUAUCCAAGGACUGAAAAAAUUAGAUGGCGAGUUAUUGCUAAAUAUUUAUUGGAACUAGCAUUCGUAAUUAUGUUCGUUGCUAUGAUAUUUGAACGUUUCGUCCUUCCGGAGUAUAAAGAAUUUGGUCAUGAAGAAUUUAAUCUACCUGGAUUCAUAUUACGGGCAUUCAGCACAACAUUUCCAGGGAUUGUAAUAUUCCUUUGUGGAUUCUAUUGCUUACUUCACGUCUGGAUGAAUGCGUUCGCUGAAUUAAUGCGCUUUGGCGACAGAUUAUUUUACAAAGAUUGGUGGAAUUCCGCAUCAUUCGACAAUUAUUACCGUACUUGGAAUGUUGUAGUACACGAUUGGCUCUACACGUACAUUUACAAAGAUUUUUAUGAAAUAGUUGUGCCGGGCAAUAAAUUUAUCGCAACAUUUUUUGUAUUCUUCACAUCGGCGAUUGUCCAUGAGUAUUUAUUGGGAUGCGCAUUUCGUUUCUUUUACCCAAUGAUGUUUGUAUUUUUUGGUAUCUUUGGAUUUCUGCUUGUAUUUAUAACUAAAAAAGAGUCUAAUUCACUGGGUAAUAUAUUUAUUUGGUUUUCGUUAAUCACUGGCUCUGGUAUGUUAGUCAGUUUUUACACAAUGGAGUAUUUUGCAAGAAUUAAUUGCCCGACUUUGGAAGAUAAUUUAUCAGAUGCCAUUUUACCCAGAAGUUGGUAUUGCUACGAAGGAAUUUCGGGUAAUAAUUUUGAAAGUCAAUUACUUCUUUGUAUAUUCAGUUUUUCGAUAAUAACAAUAUCGUCAUUAUUGUAUAAAAUGUUCGUGUAAUAUUUAAUUGUUUUGUAAUUUAAAUAUAUAAUAUAUAUGUAAAUGUUAAGGUGUACUUGAUAAUAAUUUAGCUCUAGCUCUAGUUAAAUAUAACGAUGGCGCAAAAGUUUGCAAAAUUUGAAAAAGAAAAAUUUAAUCAAUUUCUCCCGGAAAAAAUUAAAAAAAAAAAAACUUAUUAAUUUUGAAAAUUAAAUUUGAAUUUUUAAACUUUAAUAUUUUCGCGCCAUUAUUUUUAUUCAGAGCCAGAGCACUUUCAAAUGCGCGGAAAAAAUUUGACAUUUUUUGUAAUUUAAGAAAAAAAUUUAUAUAAGUGUUAUAUAUUGAGUAUAUAUAUGUGCUAUAGUGAUUUUUUGAUAAAUAUCAUAUAUAUUUAAAUAUCAAGGUGUGCAUUUGAAAUAAUUUAGCUCUUGCUCUAGUUUAAUAUAAUGGCGCGAAAAUAUUAAAGUUUGAAAAAAAAUUUAUUUGAAUUUUCAAAUUUUAAUAUUUUCGCGCCAUUAUUUUUGACCAGAGCCAGAGCACAUUCAAACGCUUGGAAAAGUUUGAAAAUUUUUUGUAAGUAAUUAAUAAAAAAAUUUAUAUAUUUGUUAUACAUAUAUAUGAAGUAAAAAAUAAAUAAAGACAUUGUUAUUUUUAAAACAAGUUUAUAUAU